UCGAGAAAAUUUGUUCACUUUGGGGUUUAACGGAGACAUCUGCCAGAAUUCAGAAGGAAAUAAUGUCUGUUAGCAGACUGUAUUGUUUAAAUUUAAAUCGAAAAUGGAAGAAUUCGUCGCGGGCCCGGCAUCGCUUUGAGGUCAAUAAUGAAACUUGGCUGCAGCAAGAAAUUAAGUUUCCAAAAUGCAUUCAAGAGAAGAAACACAAUAUUGAUGUAAAUUGUUCUGGUCAAAGUCGUGGUGCAGGAAGACCAAGAAAGCCGUUUUUAGAAGUUUCAAACAAAACGAAAAAAAGGCGCGUCCAGGAGCUGUCAACUAGCUGGACAUCAGAUGAAUUACAGUUUGCUGCACAGACCAGCAACGGAUUUUCAAAACCAAACGAGUCGUCAUCACUUUCUCCACAUCAAGCGUUAGCUCUGUCGUUAGAUUUAGGGUUAUCAGAGAGAAAAUAUAAGUUAUUAAGGUCGAUGAUGAACGGGGUGCACCAGAACUGUUUGCCUAGUCUGUAUGCUGUCAAUCAAGCUAGGAAUAUUCUGCUGCCAUCAAUAAUAAUUGUAACAGAAACUUCUGCUGAGGUCGAUUUGCAAGUGCUUCUUAACUUAACAUCUAAAAGUAUAAUAGAAUUAAUAAAUUUAAAUGAAAACAAAGAACUUAAGCUCAUUUGCAAAUGGGGCUUUGAUGGCAGCUCUGGCCAUAGCCAAUAUAAAAAAGUUUUCACCGAUGCGUUAUGUACUGAUGAAUACUUGUUAAUAGUUGCUAUGGUUCCUAUACGGUUAUUAGACAAAAAUAAUGGAAAACAGUUGUGGAUCAAUCCCCGUCCAUCUUCGACUCACUAUUGUAGACCGAUAAAAUUUAUGUUUAAAAAAGAAAACGCAACACUAGUACGUGACGAGGAGAACGACAUGAACAAUAAAAUUAACCAACUCUGUGGAUUUAAAGUACAAACCAAAAAUGGCAACAUAUGUCAAGUUAGUUUCGAAAUGUUGUUCACAAUGAUGGAUGGCAGUGUGAGCAAUGUUCUGUCUAAUACUAAUGCCACAUCUAAAUGCAUUAUUUGUGGAGCAAGUCCCAAGGAUAUGAACUCUGAAUAUGUAGUCGAUCGUCCAUCAAAAGUAGAGAACUACCGUUUUGGCUUGUCUACCCUUCAUUGUUGGAUCAGGUUUUUUGAAUGUCUGCUUCAUAUCGGUUAUAGGCUACCAGUUAAGACAUGGCAAAUCAGGGGAAAUGAAAACAAAGAAAUCGUUGAAAACAAUAAAAAAAGAAUUCAGGCAGAGUUUAAAUCCAAACUGGGUCUUCUAGUAGACAAGCCAAAGCCAGGGUAUGGCUCUACUAAUGAUGGCAAUACGGCAAGAGUAUUUUUUUACAACCCUGAUUUAAGUUCUGAGAUUACAGGGGUAGACAAAGGUCUAAUUAAAGAAUUCUCCAUAAUUCUUAGGGUUUUAGCCAGUGGUUCCCAUAUACAUAUGGAUAAAUUUAUGAUGUUGCUACAAGAAACGAGACUGCAUUAUUUAGAGUUAUAUCCUUGGUACUACAUGCCGAGCAGUGUGCAUAAAGUGCUUGUACAUGGCAGUGACAUAAUCGGUUCUUUCUCACUGCCAAUCGGACAGCUUUCAGAGGAUGUCUAGAAGCUACACACAAGGAAGUGAGAAAAAAUCGAUUACUUCACACACGCAAAAUUUCUAGAAGUAGUUCAAAUUUAGAUUUAUUAAGAUACCUUUUGUUAGCAUCCGAACCUCUAAUUUCGUCUUUACGGAAAGUGGUGACUAAGAAAAGUGUCAGACUAGAUAAAGAUGUUGAAAAAUAUUUGGUAAAUGAAAUAACUGAUACUGAUAAGGAAAAUAUGCCACAUUUCGAAGACAUAAAUUUAGAAAAUAUUG